AUGCAUCAAAGGUUGAUGUUUUUUACAACAAUUGUGAGUAUCCUGGGUGUAAAUGGUACUGGUCUUGUACAAUCGACAAAUGAAAUUUUCGCUCUUGAUAACACAUUUUCAUUGACAAUUAAUGAAACACGGAAAGUUGAACUUACAUUAGAUACUAAAAAUGGUUUAGAAUUAGAAAUGAAUGGAACAAGUCAUCUAACACUGUCUGGAAAUGUUCAAAACCUGGCAGAUAUUAAACAGAAUGGCUCGACACAGUUCGAUGGUAAAAAUUGUACGAUGAGUCGGGCAACACUUGACUUACGAGGUACAAGUACAGCAUAUAUUAUUGCGCAAGAUGAAAUUAAUGCCAAUGUAAAAGGCGUUUCACAUGUAUUCUACCGUGGUCCGCUAAGAAAGAAAACAGUUGAAAAUAUAACAUCUACAGUUCAAGAAUUUUAA